AUGGGAUGUAAGCAGAGCGGCCUCCGGAUCUCCCCGCAGGGGCUGUCGCAGGGACAGUUGGCUGUGGGGCAGAAGCCAGGCGGCGGAGCCAGCGUAAAGCCGGGGAACGGUGUAGAUCCAAAAGGCGGGCAUGUGGCAGGUGUAGGUGUAGGUGGUGCCGCAAUUGUGGAGAGUCUGCAACGCGAGCCGUCACAGAAGAGUGAGGCGCCUUCCCGCGUGCCUCCGCCGGUGCCCCCAGACUCGUGGUAUGCGCGGGAGUUGACGGAGGUGACCAGGAUGUCCCCCACGGAGUUUCACAUGAAACAACGGGGCAACGUUGUCUUUUCAAGCGUCUACAUUCCUGUGGGGGUCUCUGAGUUGGAGCAACUUCCCGGGCGCGCCCCAGUGAUGCCAGCAACACUGGAGAUCGGGAAAGACCUUGUGUACGGCAUGGCGUAUCUCUACAACACCCCACUCUUCACGGAGCAUCAGUGGCGUAUGCGUGUGGCCCAUUACCUGGCGGCCGUCAAGCAGGCUGGACAGGGGCAGGAGCCAGCGAGGAUGCAGCGGGGUGAAGGAGAAACACAAGACGCGGGUGAAGAGCGGCGAACUGCGGCGUUAGAGGGGUGUGAGCCGCCUCGCUUAAAGGAGGUGGCGAAGUCAAUUUACGGGCGACCGAGCAUUAACACCUUAGUGGGCAUACGCGUCUUUGUCGACGGCAACCUCGUGCCGGACUACAACCCCAUGGCCAGGAGCAUUCCAAACUGCACAGCCACGGUAGACACUGGCGAGGCUUUCAACAACUGGAUUUGCGUCCCCAUAGUACUGGUGGGGUACCUGAACAACUUUCUGCUAAGCACCAUCACCUUGUACAGGUCCCUUUCGCUCAACUUUGUAGACUACAUGCUGCGCCAACCCCUCGCCUCCGCUGGCGCUAGCCCCACGGAGGCCGAGCAUGGCGGCUCUGACGGGGCGGAAGACCGCCGUGACGACGGUUUGAGUCGAACGUUUGAAAUUAGUGUCGAGGUGGUCUAUGGGUGCCUUUCCGAGCUAAACUUCUGCACGGAUUAUAUAUCAAAGGGUAAAGUACAACUUGUCAUGACAAGAAAAUCCCAUGUAGCCUUGAAAUCGUACGAGAAAAAGCUGCGCAAGUUGGUUCUUGGUAGUCCUCUCUCGCGCGAGCAGGUUGUUCCGAUGGACCGAUUGGAAAUAGUCGCGCAGCACCAUUCGUCGCGUAAUUGUCUCUUUUGUAGAGCCCCGUUGCGCUACACAUGCACCAUAUGCGGAGCACAGCUCUGCGGCACGGUCAUGUGUGUUUGGCGCCCCUUUUCUGGCUAUCCGAAUGGGUGUUCUGUUCAUAAGGCACAGGUAUAA